AUGUCGACUAGCCCUGCUAGUGAUAUUGCUAAAGCAGGAGCUACGGUUCAGGGCUGGAUCUCUCGCCUGGUGAAGAAGCCAGACAUUACUGCUUCACCAGGCGAAGAUCAGGCCAGCAACGAUCAGGUGGCAAAGCAGUCAAUCAAUAUUCUGGGAGAUGCGUAUUCAAGUGGACCCUGGAGAAGUCUCGACGAUUUCAUUCAGAGGAAGGAGGUCGCGAAAGGACGAGGCUGCAUAAUAGUUUCUGCCAUUGCUACCAACGUUUACCAACGAGUUGCUAUUAAGGCUUACGAAAGAAGCCAGAUCAACGAGGGUACCAUUGUUCACAUCCGAAGGGAGGCAUCUCUUAUUAAGGGAUUGCGGCAUGAGGCGAUCUGCCAGCUUUACGGGUCUUUUGAGGAUACGAAGUAUGUGUACAUUGUGAUGGAGCUGUGCUCUCAAGGGGAUUUGAUGGAGUUCUUAAAUGGUCCCCGGGGAGUUCGUCGCUUGACUGAGGAGCGAGCUGUACAGACGGUUUUGCUCCCUCUGUUGCAAGCGCUUCAGCUUCUUCAUGGAAAAGGAAUCGUUCACCGAGACAUAAAGCCAGAGAACCUUUUCAUGUCCAAGGGUAUUGCGAAGCUUGGGGACUUCGGGCUCGCCAUCAACCAACGACUAGAGCCACCGAUGUCGCAGCUAGGUACUCUGGAUUAUAUGGCCCCAGAAGUCUUCAGAAGGCCGGGGGAAAAUAGUGGAAGGAGGCAAGCACUUUACGACGAGAAGGUUGACAUAUGGGCAUGUGGCGUGCUGGCGUACGAAGUCGUAACUGGAGAGCCACCCUUCAAUGCUGGAAAGAAUGGAAGCCUUACCAAGGAUUUGAUUCAGAGAGCUGCUGUUCCAAUUGCUGGAGUCUGGCCUCAUCGUGUUUCACCAGAGCUUGCGGAUUUCAUCAAGCAGACUCUUCAGAAGGACCCCCGUCAUCGACCAUCAGCUGAGGAUCUUUUGUCUCACCCUUGGAUCUUGAGCCACCUUCCCACGUCCACUGAGGCUGUUAGUCCUCCUAUAUCGAUCUCCGCUAACACGUCAACAAAACAUCCAGUUUACCAUCCAUCGCAUGUGCCAGCAAUACCAGAAAAUUCCAUGCUUGCGAAGAGCUGCCCAGAUUCUGUCUACUACAGUAAGGCGCCUCAAAAGCAAGCUCCCGCAGUUGGGAUCGCCACCGGUGUGCAAGCAGGUUGUGUUGCUGGCUCUGUCAGCAAUAAGUCCAAGGCACUUCCGAGCGUGGUUGAAGAAGGUGAUGGGUGCCAAGAGUGUGACGACUCCACGAUACGUGAUGGCCUGACUGCCGUUCCAGAACAUCAGCCUCUGCACUCCCUGCCAAAGCUGGAGAAGGAUGGGUCGUUCGAGAGGAUGCUUCAUGCCAGUGGUAUCAAGGCCAAGACGGGACAUGGCACUAUGAAAGUUACAGCUGACACAACGACCCCAUCAUCUCCACAGUCUCCUAGCACCCCAAGCCCUACAUACACGCCGAAGGGAGUGACUGAUAAAUGGCAAAGCCUGGAACAUGGCAGUAUCAAAAAGUCUCUGUUCUCAAGUGAGAUGAUGGAACAUGCCAAGCCAUACCAGGUGGGAACAGGCCCACUCAGCGGUGGUGAUAUGAAAGCUGAAUGGUGCUCCCCCUUGCCACCUUCACUGCGCUGA